AUGACCGCACCAACGUCAUUAUGCCAACCUCAGCUGACGUUAGGCGUGAUCAAACCGGAUGGAAUGGCACAUUUAGAUCUUAUCUUGGAUGCGAUUGAUCGCCAUGGGUUUCGGAUUGUCGAACAACACACCACUACUUUUGCAGCCGAGGUGAUUGAUGAGUGGUAUAGUGACAAGCUUGGGCGCGAUUUUUAUCCAUCCUUAAGACGCUAUCUGACUCGUGGAGAGUGUAGAGUGUUGGUGUUGGAGAGGGUUGAUGCCAUCAAAGCUCUCAGGCGGAUUAUUGGACCGACCGACCCUCAAAAGGCACGCCGUGUCGACCCUCAGUCGAUCCGCGCACAGAUCGGUGGAUCUAUUCAGGAGAACGCAAUUCAUGCUAGUGACUCAGAGGAAGCAUUUGAACGCGAAAGGCGAGUAUUGUUACCAUUAUGA